AUGUUUUUCAACUAUAUCACCCGAUCAUCCCUGCCUCUCUCCAUCUAUCGCCCAGAUCCCUGCAUCUCUGUCUCCGCCGAUCGUCCAUGCCUCUCUCUUCCCUCUGUUUUAUCUAUCUCUAAAUCCUAAACCCUUUAGAUCUCUAACUUCGAUCCUUCUUCUGAGAAACCCAAAACCCUUGAACUCGACUCCUUCAAAUCGUCUUUCUGUUGGAGAAGAUGAAGGCAAAGCACAAACAAACCCUAAGACGAAGCAGAUGAAGCCGAAACCCCUAAACCACAGAGGAAGCAAUCAGAUGAACCAGACGAAGCUUGAGAUUGCUGAAAUUGUCUGAAAUCCAUCACGCAUUUUGAAAUCCAGUCUUUAUUCAUGCUUUUGUCAGAAGAUUGAAUUUUCAGACUUUUUACCAGAAUAAAAUUGGUCAGAGAAACAAAUGGAGAAGAGGAAGGGAAUGAAAGCAUUGAAAGAGGAAGACAGAGACGAGGACAACAUAUGGUGGUGGUUGGUUCAUAGGGGUAUUGUUUCUUCAUUUAUUUGUAUCAGUGUGUUUGCACUGUUGGUAAGAGCUGCUGUAUCACUCCAUCCUUACUCUGGUGCUGGGAAGCCACCCAAGUAUGGGGACUUUGAAGCGCAAAGGCAUUGGAUGGAGAUCACCCUUAAUCUUCCAGCUGGUGACUGGUACCGGAAUAGCACCUCCAAUAAUUUGAGCUAUUGGGGACUUGACUACCCUCCCCUUACUGCCUACCAGAGUUAUGUUCAUGGUCUUUUCCUCAGAACCUUCCAUCCAGAUUCUGUUUCGCUUUAUGAUUCUCGUGGCCAUGAGUCCUAUUUUGGAAAGCUGCUCAUGAGGUGGACAGUUUUGUCCUCGGAUGCGCUGAUGUUCUUUCCCGCAGUUUUGUAUUUUGUUGUCGUGUACUACUCUGGUAGCCGCAGUGGACGUAAAAGUGAUGUGGCAUGGCAUAUUGCAAUGAUUUUGCUCAACCCAUGUCUGAUACUGAUUGAUCACGGUCAUUUUCAGUACAAUUGCAUUAGCUUAGGCCUUGCUGUUGGAGCUGCUGCGGCCAUCCUCUCUAACAAAGACCUAUUGGGUUCUGUCCUGUUCUGUCUUGCUCUCAAUCACAAGCAGAUGAGUGCCUAUUUUGCGCCUGCAUUUUUCAGUCAUCUUUUGGGUAAAUGCCUGAGGCAUCAGAAUCCACUUCUCAAGGUGACAAAACUGGGCUUGGUGGUCAUAGGUACAUUUGCCCUUGUUUGGUGGCCAUAUCUGCAGUCAGUGGAUGCAUUUUUGCAGGUUCUCUCCCGUCUAGCCCCAUUUGAAAGGGGUAUUUAUGAGGAUUAUGUGGCUAACUUUUGGUGCACCUCAUCAGUACUUAUAAAGUGGAAAAGAUUGCUCACAGUACCAUCUCUGAAGCUUCUCAGUUUUGGGGCAACUAUUUCUGCCUGUCUGCCAUCGAUGAUUCAACAAAUACGGGCUCCAAGCAACCAAGGCUUCCUGUAUGGGUUGCUCAAUAGUUCUCUCUCAUUCUAUUUAUUCUCAUACCAAGUGCAUGAGAAAUCUAUUCUGCUGCCGCUUAUACCUGUUAGCCUUUUGGCCGGGGACGAGCCUUUUCUUUUCAAGUGGAUGAUGCAUUAUGCUUUGCUCUCUAUGUUCCCGCUGCUGUGUCGUGAUGAAUUGAUUUUGCCUUACAUUUCCCUGUAUGUUCUCUUCAUCCUUCUUUACCAUGCACCUGCUGGAAGACAACAUACAAGAGAUGCACAAUCUCUUGCCAAUUUGAAAUCAUUCGUCAUGGCAUUUCUUGUUAUUUGCUCUCUUGUUCUUCAUAUUGUGUACUUGGCGUUGUGUCCUCCCGAGAAGUAUCCUUUCCUUUUUGAAGCUAUGAUUAUGCUCCUCUGCUUCUCCCAGUUUGUGUUCCUUGCUGGUUACGCCAACUUAAAGCAAUGGACGUUAUUGAAGGACUCUACUUCCGAAAAUAAAGAAAAGAAGUACCUUUGAUUUGUGUUGUUUCCAGGAUUACAUAGAUACCUAUCGGCAUUUUAUUUUCGAGAUAAUUGUUGAAAAAUCUAACUUAAGGAAGGUAUAAGGUAUUAGAUAUUAGAUUCAGUGAGUAAUUUUUUGUUGGUGAAAAGUUCACCUUUUGUGAAAUAGUUUGGUGAGAACUAUCUUUUCAAA